AUGGCCAACUUCAACGCACGCCGUGCCCCCAAUUUCUCCCAAUAUCUCGAUGACUUGAACGCUAUCCCAUCACCUUACGACCAGGCGGUGCAGCAGCGACAGCAGGAGAACACGUUCAAUCUGGACGAAGAAUUGGCUCUUUUCACCAACACCGAGUUCUUCGAUUUCGAUGGCUUCACCGACCUUGGCUUGCCCACGUUCGACGCCGUCGAGCCCAAGUCUUCCUCGAUCGAGUCUCAGGUCGACCAAUCCACGACACAGAAUGGGGACUUGAAGUUCCUCGAUUUUCUGCAAGAUGACCUGAACAACAUGCCGCAGUAUCAGCAGGAGCUUCCUCGGGAGUCUCAAGUGCCCAUGCAUUCCGCCACGUACUCGGCUAUCGCGCAGAUGCCUCCAGCCCCAGUGGCGGCAAACCCACCUCCCGCCCAAAAUCUGCCGGUGACGGCCCCUCCUUCAUCUGCUGUGCCUACACCUGCUCAAUCCGCUGCCUCUCCAUCUUCCUCAACCACCUCUGUCAAGCGAAAGAGCUCCAAGGUCACUCCCACAAGCAGCGAGGAAGCCGCUCGGAUCAUGGCCGAGGAGGACAAGCGUCGCCGCAACACUGCUGCUAGUGCCCGUUUCCGGGUGAAGAAGAAGAUGCGUGAGCAAGCCUUGGAGCGCAGCUUGAAGGAGACAACCGAUAAGAACGAGGCUCUCGAGGCUCGCGUUUCCCAACUGGAGUUGGAGAACCACUGGCUUCGGGGUCUGAUCAUGGAGAAGAACGGCACUGAGGAGCGAAACGAGGCAUCCGAGAAGGUCAUCUCCGACAUGUUCAAGAAGUUCCUGGCCUCGCGCAAGGCCGAGUCCAGUCUUCCCGAGUCCAAGCACAAUGUGAGCAGCACUGUAUAG